AUGGGCGGGAAUGUGCUGGGCCGUGCGGGUGUGGGGUUUUGGGCCGGCCCAGGCGGUUAUCCAGGUGGAGGGGUGAAGAGAAAAAAGAAAAAGAAAGAGAAAGUGGAGAGGGGGCCCGGGGUGGGCCAGGCUGCAUGGGCCAAAUGGCCAAGUGGCCAUGCAGCCCUCCCCACGAUCGGGAGGAUCGGCUCGAGGCCGUCGUCCUCACGACGCCUCGCCCAGACGCGAGCGGCGGACGGGAAAAGGGCAGGGGCGGCGCGGGGACUUACCGGGGGGGACGCGGCGGACAUCGGCGAGGUCCUGGUGGGGCGGCGGCGUCCCAGGGGCGGGGCAAGGCGGCUCAGCGGCUUCCUCCUCGGCUGCAGCUGCUCCUCCCGGCGGAGUUGGCUCGCAGCAGCUCUCGGUCCGGCGAGUCAGAGUGCUAUAUAUACCUUACUACAUAUCAAAUGUUCCAUGAGAGAACAAAGCACAUUGAUGUCAGUGGAGAUCCUCGAAUCCUGCCUGGUGAAGCCCAGCGAGGAGACGCCGAACAAGGGGCUAUGGCUCUCGAACCUUGACCUACUGGUAGCCAGGAGCCUCACGCCCACCGUCUAUAUCUACCGCCCACGCUCCGACCCGGCAUUCUUCUCGCCGGCAAUCCUCAAGGCCGCGCUGUCCAAGGCGCUCGUCCCUUUCUACCCGCUUGCCGGCCGGCUCGCGCAGGACGACGCGGGGCGGCCGGAGAUCCAGUGCAGCGGCGAUGGCGUCCUCUUCGUCACCGCGAGGGCGGAGGCCACGCUCGAUGACCUCGGCGACUUCGCCCCGUCGGAUGAGCUCCGGCGGAUGCUUGUCCCCUCAGCCGGGCCCCACGCCGGCAUUCUGGCGGUGUUCCAGGUGACGCUCUUCAAGUGCGGCGGGGCGUGCCUUGGCGUCGGCAUCCACCACACUGCGGCGGACGGCCUCGCGGCGCUCGACUUCGUGAACAGCUGGGCCACCAUUGCGAGGGCCGACGACGUCGGCGUGCCCGCGGCGAGCCCCUGCCUCGACCGCACGCUCCUCCGCGCGCGCUCCCCUCCCUCCGUGCGCUUCGACCACGCCGAGUAUUCCCGGCGCGCCGGUGGGUCGUCAAAGCCCAUCGCGUUCGACUCCGCCAUCCUCCCGCUAUCCAAGAUCCAGGUCGACGCGCUCAAGGGCGAUGGUGGUGGCAAGAGGCUCUCGACGUUCAAGGCCGUGGUGGCCCACGUGUGGCGGUGCGCGUGCACGGCGCGGGAACUCGCGCCGACGGAUGACAGCCGGCUGUACAUGACCGCCGACGCGCGCUCCCGCGUCGACCCGCGGCUCCCUCGCGGCUACUUUGGCAACGCCAUCUUCCGCGCGUCAGCGGCAGCCAAGGUGGGCGACGUUGCCUCCGGCCCGCUCGACGCCGUCGCGGAGAAUGUCACCGGCGCGACGGCGCGGCUGGACGACGAGUACGUGCGGUCGCUGGUGGACUACCUGGAGCUGCAAGCCGUGGACGCGGCGGGCUUGCGCAAGGGGGAGUGGGUGAUGCCGGAGACCGACCUGUGGGUGAUAAGCUGGCAGGGGCUGCCGAUCUACGACGCCGACUUCGGCUGGGGCCAGCCGGUUUUCAUGGGCAGGGCGUGCCUGCAGUUCAGCGGCCUCGUGUACCUCGUGCCGGGUCCCGACGGCGACGGCCGGCUCGAUGUCGUUGUGGCCAUGGAGCCCCGGAGCCUGGGCAGGUUCAGGGAGGUGUUCUAUCAGGAGCUCAAGUCAAUCAGUGCUAGUCCAGCGAUCCUGAGAGCACGCGUCGUACACGACAGUAGUAAGCAACCGCCGGUGGCCGGAAUAAAACAGAAGAACGAGCAUCAGGCGGCCACCAACACUGUCUCGCUCUCGGACGCAUCCUACACUGUCUGA